AUGAUCGGGUCCAGAUUCUUACUACUACUGCUCUUAGCUCUGCCUGUAUCGACACUGGGGGAAAGAGAUGUCUCUCCGAGGUUUGCACGCUGUAGCCUUUUCGGAGAUGAUCACAUUAAAACCUUUGAUGAACUGCUGUAUGAUUUUGCUGGCGACUGCAGUUACCUGCUUGCCGGAGACUGUGCAAAGAGAUCUUUCCUACUGCUUGGUGACUAUCACAAUGGAAGAAGAACCAGCCUUUCUCUGUACCUUGGAGAAUAUUUUGAUGUUCGCUUAUUCUUGGAUGGAACUGUGACUCAAGGUGAAAAAAGGAUUGUAAUACCAUACGCCUCAAAUGGGGUCUUUCUGGAAAGGGAAGCCGGCUAUUAUAAGCUGUCCAGUGAGGAGCAUGGCUUCGUGGUGAAGACUGACAUCAGUGGGAACGUUCUUCUAAGCCUUGCAGAGAAGCACUAUAAUAGGACAUGUGGACUCUGUGGGAAUUUCAACAGAUUUGCUGAAGAUGACUUCAUGACCCAGGAAGGGAUACUGGAAGAGAACAGCUACGGUUUUGCUAACUCCUGGGCCAUGAGCAACCAGCAAAAGAAAUGCCAGCGAGUGACGCCCCCGAGCUACACAUGCAACAUUUCGUCAGGGGCUGCAGAGAAGGACUUCAUAGAAAAUUGCCAGCUGCUAAGAACUUCAUCGGUGUUUUCUAAAUGUCAUCACCUGGUGGACCCCGAAAAGUUCAUUGGCCUCUGUGAAGAAGACAUGUGCAGGUGUGCCCAGGACAGAGACUGCCACUGCCCGGUUUUUCUGGAGUAUGCUAGAAAUUGUGCUCUGCAAGGUGUGAUUCUGGAAGGUUGGCCCACCAGCAGCGCCUGCAAGCCCAGAUGUCCGGCGGGCUUGGAGUACCGGGUGUGCACGUCUCCUUGCACCAAGACCUGCCAGAGCCUGAAUAUCAAUGAAGUGUGUCCAGACCAGUGUGUGGAUGGCUGCAGCUGCCCCGAGGGGAAGCUCCUAGAUGGUGACAUUUGUGUGGAUGCCUCAAACUGCUCCUGCAUAAAUUCUGGCAAGAAAUUCCCUCCUGGCUCUUCGGUUUAUCAGGACUGCAACUCGUGCAUCUGCAGGCACGGCGUGUGGGUCUGCAACAAUGAGCCAUGCCCAGGCGAAUGCUCUGUGACCGGCCAGUCCCAUUUCAAGAGCUUUGACAACAGACACUUCACCUUCAGUGGAAUCUGUCACUACUUGUUUGCUGGAGAUUGCGGGGGGAACUCAUUUUCUGUCUUCAUCGAGACAGUCCAAUGUGCUGAUGACCGUGAUGCAGUGUGUACCCGCUCGGUCUCCGUGCAGCUCCAGGAUGAGCAUCUCACUGUGAAACUGAAACAUGGCGGUGGUGUUUCUGUGAACGGGCAGGACAUUCAGAUCCCUUUCAUACAAAAUGCUCUCCACAUCCAGCAUACUGUGCUGCCAGCUGUUCACCUCAGCUAUAAAGAGAAUAUGCAUAUCGACUGGGAUGGGCUCGGGACUCUUGUAAUGAAGUUAUCUUCAGAAUACACCGAACAUACUUGUGGUCUGUGUGGCAACUACAAUGGUAAUCAAGGAGAUGAUUUUCUCACCCCUUCCGGCCUGGUGGAAACCCUCGUGGAAGACUUUGGAAAUUCUUGGAAGCUGAAGGGAGACUGUGAAGAUCUGCAGAAACAGGACAGCAAUUCCUGUAAUCUCAACCCACGUUUAGCCAAGUAUGCUGACGGUUCCUGCUCAGUUCUGCUGUCCCCCCUGUUUGAGCCUUGCCACCACGAGGUCAGUCCUUCGCCCUACCUCAAGAACUGCCGCUACGACGUCUGCUCCUGUUCGGACGGCAAAGACUGCUUGUGCUCCGCGGUCUCUGCCUACGCCAUGGCUUGUGCACGCAAAGGAGUUGUCAUCGACUGGAGGCAGCCAGAAUUUUGUGCCCUGAGUUGUCCAGAAGGCCAGCUUUACCGCCAGUGUGGGAGCCCUUGCAAUCAGACCUGCCGGUCGCUCUCCCACCCAGACACGGAUUGCCGUGAAUUUUGUAUGGAGGGUUGUUUUUGCCCAUUUGGGCUGUACCUCGAUCAGCAGGGAGACUGUGUGCCCAGAUCCCAGUGCUCUUGCUACUACGAUGGUGAGAUCUUCCAGCCAGAUGAUGUCUUCUCCGACCACCACACCAUGUGCUAUUGUGAAAAUGGCAUCAUGCGCUGCAGCUCACAAAGGCUUCCAGGAAACUUCCUCCCAGAUGUUCUCUUCCAAACUCAUCGUUCUGCCAGAGCAAAGCGAAGUGUGUCCUGCAAGCACCCGAUGACCUUGUUUGUCUGUCCGGCAAAUGACCCGACAGCUAAAGGAGUGGAGUGCAUGAAGACCUGUCAGACGUUCGAACUGGGCUGCAUCAGUCACGGAUGCACCUCGGGCUGCCUCUGCCCCCCUGGAUGGGUGAGACAUGGAAGCAAAUGCAUGGUCCCAGAAAAAUGCCCCUGUUUCCACAAUGGACAGGAAUAUGCUCCAGGACAAACAGUGACCAAAGAUUGCAAUAUGUGUACCUGCCGUGCUCGAAAAUGGGAAUGCACCGAAAAUAUCUGUGAUGGAAAGUGUUCAGUCAUUGGUACGGCUCAUUACUUGACCUUCGAUGGACUGAAGUACAGAUUUCCCGGCAACUGUCAGUAUGUGCUUGUCCAGGACUACUGUGAGGAGGGCGAUGCUGGGUCCUUCCGGAUACUUGUCGCCAAUGAGGGAUGUGGCUUCACAGGAGAGACAUGCGCGAGGAGGGUCACUGUUUUGUUUGAUGGUGGAGAGAUUGAGCUGCACAGCGAAGAGAUUAAUGUCCUAACACCACCUAGAGAAGAAGCCAACUUGGAAGUUUUGAAAUCUGGCCGCUACUAUAUCCUGAUCUUGGGACGAGGAAGAAUCUCCUUGACUUGGGAUCAAAAUAUGGGAAUUACUGUUAUCUUGAAAGAAAAUGACAAAGAUAAAGUCUGUGGUCUAUGUGGGAAUUUUGAUGGCAUCCCAAACAAUGAUCUGAGAAGCAGCCGGAAGCAGAUUGAAAUUGAUCCAAGUGACUUUGGAAACUCCUGGAAAGUUCAUUCACAAUGUGCUGAUGUCAGAAAGCUUUCACAAGGGCAGGACCUUGCUUCUUCACUGUGCAAUGGCAAUGUAGUGAAACAGGUGAUGGUGGAGACAUCGUGCAGUGUCUUGAAUAGUGAUCUCUUCAAAGAGUGCAAAAAACUGGUGGAUCCUGAGCCUUAUGUGGAUAUCUGCACGUAUGACACUUGUGCUUGUGAGUCCGUUGGGGACUGUGCCUGUUUCUGUGACGCCGUUGCUGCUUACGCCCACGCCUGUGCCCAGAAAGGGGCAGCGAUCCACUGGCGGUCUCCCACUCUAUGCCCACAAAGUUGUGAAAGUAUGAACAAAGUGGAGGAAGAAUAUCAGUGUGAAUGGCGAUACAACAGCUGUGGUCCUGCCUGUCCAAGGACAUGCCAGCAUAUGGAUCCAGUCCUGUGUCCCGUGAAGUGUGUCGAAGGAUGCCAUCCACACUGCCCUGCAGGAAAAAUACUUGAUGAGCUUUCUGAGUCUUGUAUCAAACUCGAAGAAUGUCCAGUGUGUGAAGUAGAAGGUCGCAGGAUUCCUCAUGGGAAGACGAUAAUUUUGAACUCGGAGAAUUCUCAGCUCUGCCAGUCCUGCUAUUGUGAAGUACAAAACUUGACAUGUCGCCGAUGUGAUCCAAAAGUAAUUGGCAAAAUCUUGACCACUGUUAGUCCAGAUGAAGAAGAAGAAGAAGGAGAAGAAGAAGAAGAAGUCGUCAUACGUGAAUAUUCUUGUAGCAAGAUGAUGGACCUUGCCAUCUUAAUGGAUGGUUCCAAUAAACUUUCAGAGAGUGAUUUUGAAGAGCUGAAAGAUUUCAUAAUUAGCAUGAUGGAAAAACUGCACAUCUCCCAAAAAAGAAUUCGCUUGGCAAUCCUGGGAUACCGCACCGGUUCACACAUUUACCUUGGCCUGAAGGAUGUUAAAAAGCCAUCUAGGAUGAGGAAGAUUGUGCAAAAUAUAAAAUACGCUGGUGGAGAUAUAGCCUCUGCAACGGAGGUGCUCAAAUACGUUGUGUACCAUGUGUUUGGCAAGGCACCGCGAACAAACGCUGCCAGAAUUGCUGUGUUGUUUACAGCAAGCAAGGACCCCAAGAGAGUUCAGGCAAUCUUCCCACUUUUGAAAAAAAAGAAAAUUAUUGUGAUACCCAUUGGGCUAGGCCCCCACGUGAGCACUGAACAAAUUGAACUGAUUGAAAGGCAAUCACCAGAAAACAGAGCUUUCAUACUGAACAGCAUCCUUGAGUUAAGGCAACUUAAGGAUGAAAUAAUUGAUUACUUCUGUGGCCUUGUGCCUGAAGUGAGUGCCAUAUUUUCCACCCAAAGCCCAAUCCCAACUCUCCCCAGCAUUGGUGCAGUGACACUAUCAGCAACCCAUCGUGGUUUGCCAGAGGUGGUCUCAACAGAGAUUUCCAUUUCUGUUCAUAAGAUACUUGACAUUGUCUUUUUAAUUGAAGGGUCCCGCGAAGUUGGCAAGGACAAUUUUGACACCAUCAAAGAGUUUCUUAUCCAUACAAUCCGGGAGUUGGAAAUAGGAGAGGAAACCAUUCGUAUUAGCAUCGUACAGUAUUCAUUUACCAUCACUGUGGAACAUUCUUUCAGGGAAGAUCAGUCAAAGGAAUUCCUGAUUAAAAAGGUUCAGGAGAUGGAAUUCCAGGGAGGAAACGCAACCAACACUGGGCAAGCUCUCAACUUUGUCUCUGAACAAUCGUUCACCACCAGCAGAAGAACAGAGCAAGUGCCACAUUUGGUUUACAUGGUAACUGCAAAUCCUGCCACAGAUACCAUCACUCGCCCAUCCAGUGAUGUCCAUAUUAUUCCUAUUGGCAUAAGGCCUAAUGCAGAUAUCCAGGAACUCCAAGAAUUAAGUCAGCCACAGGCUCCUAUUAUCAUAGAAGGCUUUAACAACCUCAUCCAAGAAGGGCCUGACCUGGUACUCAAAACAUGCUGCUCGAAGGAAGGAAUUUGCAGCGAGCCAAUGGAUGUGAUAUUUCUUCUGGAUGGAACUUCAGAUGUUGGAGAAUCACAGUUUGAGGAAAUGAAACAUUUUGUGAAAGCGUUUAUUGAGCACGCUGAUGUUGGCCAUGCUUCGACUCAAGUGGCAGUACUUCAGUAUGGAAAAGUGAACUCUCUGGAAAUUUCAUGGAAUGUGCUCCAGGAAAAAACGAAUCUUCUGAGAAGGGUGGACUCCAUUCAUCAACGAGAGCAAGGCCCCAGUAAACUAGGGGAAGCAAUAGACUUCAUGAUUCAGCAUGCCAUUUCUGAAGUCAACGGAGGAAGGCCCAACGCAUCCAAAAUUGCCGUGAUUAUUGUAGCAAGCACCUCAAAAGAUGCUGUGGAAGCUGCUGUGUAUUCUGCAAGAAUCAACAGGGUAUCACUGCUUCCCAUUGGCAUUGGGACCAAUUAUAAUGUAGAACAAUUGAAAUCUUUAGCUGGGCCUUCUUCUAAAGACAUGAUCAUUAAGCUGCAACAUUUUGAAGAUCUUUCCACGAUGAUCACAUUGGGGGAUGAAUUUAUGAAGAAACUUUGUACAGAGACCGCGCAGGAAUGUAUUGAUGAAGAGGGGAAUAUAAAGGCACCUGGUGACCAAUGGAAGUUGCUGGAUCAGUGUUAUACUGUGACUUGCUUACCAGGUGGCCGCACAGAACUGAAAAGCCACCGACAUAUUUGUGAGAAGAUGGCCAAGCCAACAUGUCACAACAAUUUCCCUGCUGUUAAAGUGGAGGAAACAUGCGGCUGCCGUUGGGUGUGUCCAUGCACAUGCAUGGGAAGUUCAACCAGACAUAUUGUCACCUUUGAUGGGCUGGAUUUUAAGCUGACAGGCAACUGUUCCUACACCUUGUUUGAAGACAAAGAAGAUGAUAUUGAAGUGCUUCUUCACAACGGAGCAUGCAGCUCAGCCCCCAAACUCAACUGCAUGAAUGCCAUUGAGGUCAUACACAAGGGCUUCUCUCUGCAGCUCCACAGCAACAUGACGGUGGCUGCGAAUGGCAAAGCAGUUAUUCCCCCAUAUAGCAACGGUCAAGUGGAAGUUAAUGUCUACGGGACAAUAAUGCACGAAGUCAAGUUCUUGCAAGAGAAGCACACCAUUGUCUUCACCCCCAGCAACAAUGAAUUCACAUUACAACUUAGCCCAAAGCGUUUUGCCUCCAAAAUGUAUGGACUUUGUGGGGUUUGUGACCAAAACAGCGGGAAUGACCUGCUAUUGAAGAAUGACUCCAUUGCUCCUGACAUCAGUUCUUUCAUCCAAGACUGGACCGUUAUGCAACCAGGAAGAAUUUGCAAGGAGAGGAGGGCUGAGGUUUGCGCUGAGCAGGCCACCAUGCGCUGCAGCAUCUUGCUGUCCCCCCUCUUUUAUGAGUGCCAUCAGAUCAUCCUUCCAAACAUGUUCUACGCAGCGUGCGAAGAAAGCAAUUGCUUUGGGGAGGAAGUGUGUGAGAUCAUAGCGUCCUACGCCCACCUCUGCAGAGCACAAGGGGUCUGUGUAAACUGGAGGACUCCAGACUUCUGUGCCAUGAAAUGCCCAGACUCUCUGGUAUAUCAGCACUGUCAGAAAGGCUGCACAAAACACUGUGAGGAUGGGACCAACAUGCAGAUCUGCACAGAGUAUCCCACAGAGGGCUGCUUCUGUCCACAGGGACAAGUCAUCCUAGAUGGCACCUGUGUUCAGGAAGACGUCUGCUCCCAAUGCAUCAGCGAGGAUGGAAACCGCCGUCAGCCCUUGGAAACGUGGAUUCCUUCCACUGAACCCUGCAAGGUCUGCAUGUGCCUGGGUAACAGGACCAUAAAUUGUGCUGCCCAGACUUGUACAACAGCCAAACCCAUUCAUUGUGGCCCCUGUGAGAUUCCAAGACUGCAGAGGGAUUCCAAUCAGUGCUGCCCAGUCUUUGAAUGCGUCUGCGAUCCGAUCUCUUGUAAAUUGCCUCCAAUACCUCACUGUGAAGAUGGUCUCCAGCUGAUCCAGACAAAUCCUGGAGGAUGUCGACCAGAUUACGCUUGUGUCUGUAAAAGGGAGGCGUGCAAGCUGCAGCCCACCCCGUCCUGCCCAUCACACCGUGAGCUGACCAUGAGGAAGACUCAGUGCUGCGAUGAGUAUCAGUGUGUUUGUAGAUGCACCAAUGCAACCGUGACCUGUCCACCAGGCUAUCUCUCAUCCUCUGCCACGAACGACUGUGGCUGCACAUCUACUACUUGCAUUCCAGAGCAGGUGUGUGUCCACCGCAAUGUUGUCUAUCCUCUUGGGAUGACUUGGGAGGAAGGUUGUAAGGAGUGUUCUUGUACUGACAUGAAAGAUGCUGUUACGGGACUCCAAAUUACAGAAUGUCUCGAGAAGGAAUGCAGUAUGACCUGCCCACCGGGAUAUAAAUAUGUCAACAAAGAAGGGGCAUGCUGUGGAAAGUGUCUCAGAACUAUGUGUGAUGAUACACCACGCUGGCCUCGAGGAGAUGAAGACAUCAUUUGGCAUAACGUUGGCUCUGAGUGGACAUCUCCUUCUGAUCCCUGCAUCAUCAAAAGAUGUGUCCGUGUGAAUGACGAAGUCUUUAUUCAGGCCAGGAACGUCUCAUGCCGACUGAGGGAGCCAAUCAAUUGCCCAUUUGCAACAGAGCUACGCUGUGACCAGAAGACGGGGUGCUGCCCUUCCUGUCGCUGUGAGCCUGUGAAUGGCUGCAUCUUGAAUGGCACUGUUCUUGCGCCAGGGAAACGCUUGUUGCUGGAUCAGUGCACUAGCUGCCAGUGUACCACACAGCAGGGGCUGUACCUGACGUAUAAACUGACAUGUGGGAAAAUUACUUGUGAACCUUGCCCCAAGAAUUACAGGAUGGAGAAAAUCUCGGGAGCCUGUUGUGGGAAAUGUUUGCCAACUCUCUGCAACAUUCAGCUGAGGGAUGGAACCAUUUUGUAUCUGAAGCCGAAUGAAACAAUCCAGGAUGGAUGUGAUACCCAUUCUUGCAAGGUGAACCAGAAAGGAGAUUUUAUUUGGGAGAGAAAAAUCACCGGUUGCCCUCGGUUUGAUUCUAAGAAAUGCAUAGCUGAAGGAGGUAAAGUUACAAAACUUGACAAGACCUGUUGUGAAACAUGUAUCGAGCCAGAAUGCAAGCAAAUCACAGGCAGGCUGGAAUUUGUGAAAGUAGAUGACUGUGUGAAUGAAAACCAGCUGAAUAUCCACUACUGUGAGGGCAAGUGUACAAGCAAAGCCAUCUAUAACAUUACCCUGGACCGUGUCGAAGACAUGUGUGCCUGCUGCUCAGCCACAGCAACCGAACCCCUGGGUGUCCCCUUGCGCUGUGCCAAUGGCUCCAUCGUUCAUCACCAAGUGUUCAGUGCCAGAGAGUGUGAAUGUCUCUCUCGGAAAUGCCAGCCGUAAUCACCUAACGGGGAGCUCAUGUGCGUCAGUCUUUUUAUCCAGAUGCCAGCAAAUGUACAAUCUGAUUGUAAUUUUCUUUGGGUAUUGGGAGGAUUUUGAUAUUGAUCUAAUCAAAGGGAUGUAGCCAGCCAAGCAAUAAACUGCAUAGUUUGGAUGUUUUA